AUGUCGUCGUAUCUAGAGAAGCAGUCGUCCGUCUUCAGAGGCAGUCUCGCCUCGGCCGCGUCCAAGCUGUCGAACCCUUCGAGCAUCAAAGCCGCCGCAGCAGCAUCUCUCGCUCCGCCAUCGCCGUCGCCGUCCGCCGCCUCCGACAGCAACACGCCGACGGCCAAGAGGAAGCGCGAUGCGGCGCCCGACGUGCCGUUUUCGCAGCCGCAGCUGACGGGCUACGGCGCCGAGGUCAAGACGCAGAUGACGUUUGCCGUCGAGUACCUGAAGAAGAAGGGCGACGCCAAGACGAUCCAGGACAUCAUCGACCACCUGAGCCUGAGGAACUACACGGAGGAGCACAAGAAGGAGCUGACGGAGGGGCUGCGGCGGCACCCGCGGGUGGAGUGGAGGCCGGACCCGAGUCUGAGCGAGCAGACGUGGAAGACGGGCACGUAUAAGCACCGGCCCAUCAUCCCGGGGGUCAAGGACGCCACGUCGCUGCUGGCGCACCUGCAGCGCAAGACGGACGCGUCGGGGGUGUCGGUCAAGGACCUCAAGGACGGCUGGCCCGACUGCGAGGACACGCUGGCGAAGCUGGAGCGCGAGCAUAAGGUGCUGGUGGUGCGCACAAGAAGGACAACUUCCCGCGCUACGUCUGGGCCGACGACCCGUCGCUGCACCACAAGCCUCGACGACAUGCACCGCAAGCUGGUGAGCGUCGGGCAGAAGCCGACGAGCGACGACCCGCGCAAGGCCGCGGCGGUCGCGGCCAAGCCCAAGCAGCAGAAGAAGAGGGCCGGCAAGCGCAUCGGCAAGGCGACCAACACGCACAUGACGCACCUGCUCAACGACUACAGCGGCAUGAGGCGGUGA